UGUUUUGAAAGUUCAGUGAGCUAGCAGUAGCAGAUCAAAACAGGGUAGACCCUAGAUGUAGGCGAAUUUGUACUUGAUUGACUCAUAUUCAGGAAACCAGAAAGACAAACAACAAACAUCAUGGGCAUUCUAGGAAUCAUAAUCUCUACCGUUGCUUGCCAGGUGAUUGGUUUCAUAUGGUACGGUCCAAACCCUAUCGGUAGAAUGUGGUUGAAUGCUUGUGGCAGGAAGAAACAAGAGUUGCAGAAAACAGGCAAUCUUCCCUACCUGGUUGCUACACUCUCUAAAGCCAUUACAGCUUACUUUCUAGAUGGAUUCCUCAGAGCUGGAAUGGGAGUGGUUACGUUAGAGGAAGCAUUCUAUGCCAGUAUCAAUCUGUCAAUCAUCGUUGCCUUGCUUGAAGCUACCCACGCCCCCUUUCACGGAGUGGGUCUACCGGCGUACCUAGUUAAUGUCGGCUAUGAUGCUGCAUGUUUGAUUAUCAUUGCACUAUUAGUGAUAGCAUUUUAACCUUUCCCCAAUCAACCCCCCCCCCCCCCCACACCCUAUUUUGUGUUUUCAGGUAUGUGAUCAUCCAAUCCAAAUCUCGUGAUUAGAAGAGGGCUGCCAAAUAGAACAUGUAAUCAUGAUUUUUGUGUUCUUGUGGGAAAAUUUGGACACAUGCAUUGUGCUUGGCAACCCUUCAUAUACAGGCUGAUUCACAAACGUAGCUCAGUUAUUUUUUUUAUUUUUUAUUAUUAAUGACAAGCAUAAUGUGCUUCAUAUUUCUGUGUCUUAAAACACACAGGUAAAUGAGUAUGCAUGGGACUUUGCUUCCCACGCCUACUUUUUUAUCUUCUCACCCAUUCACUUGCCAUUUCUUAGCACAUGAACAUAAAAAGGCGCUUGCCUGCAUCGUGUGUGAACAAGCCUAGCUAAAUAAUGUGGUGAGCUUUGUAUCACAUUAAUUUGGUCCUGAUUGAGAUUUUAUCGUUAGGCUGGAGAUCACAGAUCAUGUUAUCAUCAGUUGCUUUUUGUAAUACAUGUAGAUGAAGUUCAAAAUUGUUUUUGACCCCAUUACUUACUGAAGAUUAGAAGCCAAUCACUUACUGGGCAUUAAUUAGUUUGUAUUUAAGAGAUCAAAGGUUGAUAUCAGAUGUGCCGAAUAUCAUUUUUUUAACUUUGCAAUAUUUACUUGUUUCCGUAGUUAUAACUUAUAUUAAAGGUAUAGUUUUCAGUGUACUUCCUUUUCAUGCACAAACACCUAAAGAUGUGCUCUACGGCUUGACUUUAUUCGUCUGUUUUUUACUUAUACAUCUAUACUAUACACUAUGCCUUUAUUGCGUUUAUAAUAGAAAAACUUAAUAUUACCAACUUGAACGUAUAUAUGAAUGUAAACAUACUGUGACCAAUGACAGGCAUCAAAUGAGAUUACUCUAACUAUAAUCUAUUUUGUGAUUCUUUUGCAAGCUUUUAUAUUUGAUUUUAUGACAAAGGACAAGUUGUCAUGGAUGAUUUUUUAUUAAAAUACUGAUAAAGUUUAAAAUGAAUAAUUUUUGCAGAUUUGGGCGAUGUUAAACUAAUUCAUGGAAUCAACAUUACAGUUCUUUCAUUAUAUUUCAUCUAAUGAUAAAAGCCUUCAUAUAUGUAUUUUGUAUUCAUUUAUAUUCUGUAUUUAUGUAGUUUUUAUAUAUACUUUGUGUAUAGGUAGCUGAAGAUUACUGUACUUAGUAACUGAUAAUUGAUAAUUGAUUUAUUCUAGUCCACAUAAGUGGAAAUGUGUCUUCCACCAGCAUUUACAAUGUAUACAAUUUAAUUUCAGUUGAAACAGAAGUAAAUACAACAGAAACAUAAUAUACAAAUGCAAAAAGAGGAGAAUAGAACAAAAUAUAUUAAUUAUAAUGCUCGUUGAUUUGGAUGUUCAGUAUUUCAUAAGAGCUGUGAAUGUGUUCCAUCAUGUCCAUAGACUGGUUCUUCGGAUAAACAAUAACUUGUAUUAAAA